AUGAGGCACCGAUGGAACGCGGAAGAUCGGACGUGCGUGGCAGAGGUGGCCGUCCGGCGAGAACUUAAGGCAACUAUGUUGCUGCAAGGAGAGGACGAAUUGAAAGACGUGGUGAAGUUGGGAGUUGAUUCUGCUUGUAUCCGACCGCGAACUGUCCACGACCAUUUUGGCUGCGACGAAGGCGCCGGGAACCGGCUGGAUGAUGGGUUCUUGGAGUAUGAGUAUCCAUUUAAACAUGGUAGAGAAGAGAUGCAGCAGAAGGCAAGUGAUGAUCAGCAAUUCUGUCUUCGAUGGAAUGAUUUCCCACGCAAUUUGUGCAGUGGUUUUGAUGCAUUGCGGCAGGAAGAAGUAUUUGUGGAUGUGACUCUGUCCUGUGAAGGAAAGCACAUCAAGGCUCAUCGUAUCGUUUUGUCAUCAUGCAGCCCAUACUUCAUGAAUCUCCUUAAGGGAACACCAUGCUCUCAUCCCAUCAUCAUUCUUAGAGAUGUGUCCUAUAAGAACCUCUGCAAGCUCUUGACAUUCAUCUAUUGUGGUCAAGUUAAUAUAUCUCAAGGAGAGUUGGAAGAAUUUCUUCAGAUGGCUGUCUCCUUGCAAAUUCAAGGGUUAGCCUCUGACUCUCUAACUGGAGCAGAGGAGAGUGAGUGCACCAGUGGAAAAGUGAUUGCACAGGUACAGGAGGGAGACAAAUAUGAGGAGGAAGAAGAUGACAAUGAUGAUAAAGAUGUUGAUGAAAAAGAGGAUAGAGAAAGGAGCAGGAAUAAGGCAGAUGGUAUUCAAGAUCAGCCUGGUGAGCUGGGAGCAUCCGCUCUGAGUUACUGCCUUCAAGAUGGCAAAAUGGACCUUAAUGACAGGGCUCUUUUUGGAUGCCAAGUGACUAGAGCAACAGAGAACCAUCAACAGAUUGAUGCCAUGAUUCAAGAGGACCAACAAAUCAAGAUCGGGGACGUUGCAGAGAAGCUGAAGCCAUUAGAGCCUCGACCCUGCCCCAUAUGCAAUAAAGUCAUCUCCAACAAAGGGAAUCUUUUUGUGCAUGGAAAUCUGACAGGGCAGUGCUACAAGGAUGAAAUCCUGCAACCCAUUGUUCUGCCUUACUGCCUUGUUCUGCAAAACAUAGGUUCUGGAGUCACCCUCCAAGAUGAUGAUGCCAGGCCUCAUUGGGCUCAACCAAAUCAACAGAAGGGACUGGCCAGCCAAUUCACUGCACUUCUCUCCCAUUGUGGAUAUACCACCUCAUCUGGGAGCAUAGAGCAUCUACCACAGGAUGCCAGGCAUGUUUACCUUAUUUGA